AUUAACUGGCAGUAUGGAGAGCGUCUGAGAUCCACGCUGUCUACGCUCCUUAAUGCUCGUAGAGUCACGAUUGUUUAUUUGUUAUUACAUUUUGUUAUAUGACGUUACGGUUAUUAUGUUCUUUAUGUUGAUAUCAUUAAAAAACGAAGGUCAGUCAUUAGUGAGUUCGAAGAAGAUUUCCACUAAACAAGAAACAGAUGACGACAAUUUUGAUUUUGCAACUCUUUCUAUCAAGUUCCGAAAGUGUACCAUAUGGAAGUCUCCAACAAAACCAACGAGGAUUUUUCCAGCCACCAAUGAUGGUUCCGAGGAAAGUUUUUAUACCAGAGUUUUAUGAGCCACCUGAAAAUGUACGAGCAGGCCUUAGAUUACAAUUUUCUUUUACAGCACCUCAACCAUUCAAUCCAGUACAAUUCACACCGACAAGUGAACAAAACUGGUUGCCUGACAAUAAUUUACAAGACAACCUAAAUAUUCAAGUUCGAGGGCAAAAUAAUGUCCUAAACAGUGAAUCACCGAUAAAUGGUCCACAAAAGUCAACACAUAAUGAGGAACAAGGAAAAUUGGCGAAAAACAAUAUUAAAGAAGAUGACAAAACAAAUGACGUUGAUAAUUUGAAACCAUAUGAUGUACGUACUACAACAGUAGAUCCAUACUUUACGACAGAGGACACAACUGGAACGACAGAUGAGUACGACACGUCAACCUUCCUUCCCGACGAGCUCAAUCGUUCAGCAGUAUCAGCGCCUAUAGUUGCUACUCUCUUAGGAGGCUAAAUUAAAUUUAGAAGUUAAUUUAAGUUUAGUUUUAUACAUAUUUAUUUGCGUAUAUAUAUAAUUAUAUACACCUAGAUAUAUACGUUUUGUUGUUGUAAUUGUGAAUGCUGUAUGUACCUGUAAUUGGAGCACAUAUACAAAAACUAAUUUAAGACUUGCAUUUUAUAAUUUUACAAUAUGUGUACUGUUGGUAUACUAUCUAAGUAAAUAAAUAAAUUAAAACAUCGGA